UUUGUCUUGCUGUGUUAUAUUAUAUUUUUUUUCCCCGUCGUUUUUCAGGUGAGAAACCGCACAAGUGCGUGGUGUGUCACAAGGCGUUCAGCCAGUCGUCCAACUUGAUCACGCACCUGCGCAAACACUCCAACUACCGGCCCUUUCCGUGCGGCUCCUGCGACAGGACGUUCCAGCGCAAGGUCGACGCGCGCAGGCACCGCGAGGCCAUGCACCCAGGAUCUCCGGACGCUCAGCAAUACGACGUCACGAGCACCACGGCCGCGGUGGCCGACCACCAGAACGCCGCGCUCCAUGCCCCGUCCACUGCUGCCGCUAUUGCUUCCGCCGCCGCAGCAGUUUCAGCCACCGUCACUGCAGCCUCCCCGGCAGCCGCUGCCGCUACAGCCUCGGCCAUAGACUCGGCCGUGGCCGGAAGUAGCGGCAUGUUCAGCUAAUGGGCUCGCCGCCCGAAUGACGCGUCGAAAGGCACUUUGGUCUCCUUCCGGUGUCCAAGUCCAUUGCCGCACUAGUCUCUACCGCGGCUGGCUCGGACACCGAAACGAGCACGAACUUUCGACGCGUUUUUUUUCGUCGGAGAUUCGACGUCCGCGCGAGUGCAGACGGCAAAAACCGACGUCCCAUCCAAGACUAUAUCAAAAAAAAGAAAAAAAACUAUUAUAUUAUAUUAUGUAUCAUACAUUGUAUUAUAUUCAAGUACACGUGGCCGCCACCGCCGAUCCAACUAGUCAGCAGCGAAGUCCAAACAACACCGCCAGGAUAUCGGAAUUAUGUCGAAUUUUCAUACUCGUUCGAGGUCCGGGUAUUAUUUAUUCGCCCGCAAAUACGUAGGAAAACACGACAAAAUUAACGAUUAUUAACACAAGCCGCCACACGUAAAGACGGUCGUGUGUACAUAAUAUUCCUAAUAUAACACACAUCAUUAUGAAUUACUGCCGACCGAUCAGGGUGGUCUGCGCCGGGUUUAGACCCUUUUACGCGAGUUUCGCAGAAGCAAAACUUAAAAAAAAAUUAAAUGCCCGUGCCGCCGCACUGCAGGUCUCUCUCGGGACGCGUCGAACUCGCGCCGGCAGCAUAUGGUCGCCAUCACCCAACGACCACCGAAUCGGCUUUUCGUGUACAAUUUAUUAAUAUAAUUCUAUAAAUCAUAUAUUAUUGGGUCGCGUAUAACAUAUAAUAAUAUACAUACACACACAUAAAUAGUGUCACGUCCGUCGAGGAACAACCGAAAAUCGCUCGUGCCCAGAGACCUCCUACUGCAAAGGAACGAGAGCAGCCACACGUGGUCGCCUUGACGUGAGCCGAGGCGGUACAAUACGUUUUUGCCGCUAGAUAAGUCGUGUGAUUUAUAGCUAUCGGCCUCGAUAGGAACUAACCGUGCACAGUCGUGUAUAGUAUGUAUAUCGUUGUAGUCAUCGGACCAUAUUUUUAUUUACUAUUAUUGUAUAAUAUUAUUAUUAUAACGUUGAGUCAUAUAUAUAUAAAUCAUAAAAUAUUAUAGUUCAUUACGAUCGUAACCCGCAGCAGUUCACGCACAUACGGCGGGCGUCGAAUCACACACGGAUUCCUGCUAUAUUAUAAUAUGUGCUAACCAUUAAACAUCGUCGCAGCGGAUAUGAGCGCAUCUCUAGUCCGUCCUCGUUUACCAAUCGAUUCCACACAGGAAUCGUGUAAUUUAUAUAAUAUUAUGAUGUUAUGAUUACGCCUCUGUGUUAGGUACCUAUUUCUUUUUUCUAUUAUUACCAUUAUCGUUUAGGUGCACUCGCUACUAGCCGAGCCGCGUCCCCGGUUCCGUAUUUUCAACGCAAUUGUUGAACAUAAUGAACACGACGCGACUCGGCGAUUAGGGAAUGCAGCUUUAUUGUUAUUAAUAAUAAUAUUAUAUUUGCGCAUUCACCCCAUACACAAAAUAAUGUGUUCGAAAAAAAACCCCCAAAGAUAUUGAUUACGGUUUGUCUGUUAUUACUCGUCUGGUAUAUAGGUACACAAAACAUUAUGAAUGUAAUUUCAAUCAUAUUUUCAGCGUAUUAUUGGCCGUUGUACCGAUGAUUAUUAUGCCAGGGGCUUUCGCAGAGUUUAUACCCGUGGUAACGGAUUGGUACAAUUGGUACAAUUAAUAAAUUUAAUUUUAAAAAAAAAAAACUUUUCUACCGGCGCGCGUUUAUGUCCUAAAACAAUUAUUUAUAUAUUAUUAUCCUAGUUGAGAAAAAAAA